GCGAACUAUACAGUGUGUGGCGUUACUUUGCAGAUGCUUUGUUUUGAACUAAAUUAAAUUCAAUUAAUUUGUUUGUGCCACUAAAGAAUUAAUUGUUUUUGAGCGAAGUUAAACUGUAGUAGUAGCCAGUCCGUCGGACCAAACCUGAGCAACUAUUACGAAUCAAAGAGUGAUGGAAGUCACAGAAAUUUUAGAUGUAUGUACUAUAUGCUAAAAUAAAAAUAUAACGUGGCUGCCAUAUAUGAUGCUUUGUUACUGAUGUGUCACUAGACAAUUAUAUAACAGCAACUACUAUUACUACCACUCAUGGAGAAAGGUGUAAAUUUCCUAUUUGGUAAAAAAGAUCAAUCAUCUAAUGAAAGAAGCACGAUGAGUACAGUAGUAUCGUGUCAAAAAGUCACUGAAUCCACAUCAAGCAUGCUGAUAUCACUUGCCAAUCAACCAUCAUUAGCAUAUUUUCAUAUUCAAGAGCAUAUAAGAAAGUCAACACCAGAGAUUUUAAGACAUCAGUCAAAAGUUGAACAUCUGAACUCACAAAUCCGUGGAUGUUGUUAUGAUCUUGACUAUGCUCUUGACGUGGUUCAAGGUAUGACAAAGGCUACAAAACAUUUUAAUCGAAUUAAUGAAUUAUUAAAAUCAAGUUUAUUUACAAAACUACAAUUGGAUUAUGCCAAAAUGAAUGCUUUGACGAAUAAAGAUUCCCAGCAUCGUAAACCAUUGUUAGUUAAUCAAGGCGUGAGCUUUGAAAGUUAUUCACAUCCAUCUCACAGUAAUGCCAAUGCUAAUACUGCUCAAGGCGGUACAUUGAGUCAUUUAUCGAAUACAGUAUCUACAGCUGCUGUACAAGUACGUGAACAGGCUGUCAAUUUGACGAAAAGAGCUAUGUGGACACGAAGUGCUGAUAUCUCGUCGUCGACUAUGAAUAUUCUAUCAUCAAAUACUAAUACUAUUACUAGUAAUAAUACUAAUGAGAUGGUAGUAACUGCUCCGAAAUCUGCCAACAAUUCGAUUGAAGAUAAAUCAGCUUAAAUUUAUGUGUUGAGAUAUGCUAAUUUUUAUCGAGUUAGUUAGCUGUUAUUGUUGUAAUCAAGUGUGCAAUAAGUGUAUAUAUGCGAGAUUUUCAAAAUAAAUUUACUAUUAUUAUU